CUUCAGAUUAAAGUUAACAAGCUCAAUAUUUAGUUAGCAAGUUAAAUAUUGAGAUUGAAUGUGCCCACAUUUUUAAAUGAUCCUGACAUGCUAAAAACCCCAAAUUAUUGCUGCUGUUUUGACAGUAACGUUACCAACAGCACCCCGUACACCAGAGGGGAAUCAGACAGUUACUGCAGAGCGUUCUGCUCUCUUUAUAAAAACCACGGUGGGAAAACAGACUCAUUAAGUCUGAGAACCGAGAACAGAAACAAUCAUGAUGAGACUUGAGUUCAGCCAACAGGGGGCAGCAGAGAGCUGGAGAGUAUUCUCACUGCUUCAUCAAACUGAUCUUCACAGAAUCUGUUUAUAGACGGCAUCAAACGUUGGCCUUUUACAUUUGUUAGCUUGAAUAACUGAUCAGUUUCACUGUAAAACCAUGAAAUAAAUUCAGCAAACUGCUGUUCUUAAGUUGAGUCACCAGAGGGCAGCGCAGCGUUGCUUCUGUGUUCCUGCUGAAACCAGGGCUGGAAAAAUGUGAUGCUUAGUGACAAACAGAUGAUUCAAAUAAAAACAAUCUAUUCAUUUCAAGCUGCUGAUUUAACCCAGACAGAGAAUUUGAUUUAUUUUUUGUCCUGCGUCUAACUGCAAUCUUCACUGCUAACUCCUAUAAUCCAACAAAAGCUGAGUUGGAAACUAAUGCAGUGCAGAAACAACACAGCCACUGAUUUCCACUGUGCAGCAGAAAUAUGUGAAAAUGUCCCUGAAAAACAAACGUCCUCAUUAUGAGACGCACAGCAGGGCGGUAAUCACACACAGCAGAGCAUGACCCAAAACACCAGCCAGUCCGGCUUCAAGGGACCAAACAUCAGACGUCAGAGAAGCCCAGUCGACCAAUCACAGAGCGGCUCUGGGCGGAGGCCACACCCCCGGCGCUGUAUAAGAGCAGCCGACCGGCAGCCGGAUCUGCACAACCUUUACGUUCCCAUAAGAUCCAGAUCCGAUUCCUGAUGGUGGUGGAGGUGAAGAACCGCAUGGAGGCGACGGAGGUGAACCAGCAGAGGGUGGAGGCCAACAUCCUGCUGCUGGGAGCGCACAGCGUGGGCAAGACCGCUCUAACCGUCAGAUUUCUAACCCGACGAUUCAUCGGAGAGUACGGAGACAUCGAGUCGAUUUAUAGCCGAGUCGACCGAAUCGAUGGUCAGGAAAUCUGCAUCAACAUCUGGGACUCUCAGGCUGGUGGGAAAAGCUGCUCCAUUAGUGACAAGCAGCUGCAGUGGGCUGACGGGAUGGUCCUGGUCUACGACAUCUGCGACCGCUCCAGCUUCGAGGUCGUCCGCCAGCAGCUGCAGCUGAUCCGCCGCAGCAGGAAGAUGUCCACGGCGCCUGUUGUCAUCGUGGGAAACAAACGGGACCUGCAGCACCGCCGCAGCGUCUCCGGCGAAGAGGGACACCUGCUGGCUAUGACGGAGCGCUGCGGCUUCUUCGAAGUGUCGGCGGCGGAGGCGUACCACGGAGCGCUGCUGGUGUUCCACCGCCUGGUCGGCCUGGUCAGGGAGACGCGGGCGCUGAGGAAGAGCACGGCGGGCGUCCGAGGCAUCGUCCGCAGCGUGUCAGCGGUGUUCGGAAAGAAACGGGCCGAAUGAACUCGCCAGAGCGUUUUUACUGGUUUAGGUGAAACAAAGGCAAGACUUCCUGUCCGAGUUCUUCUGAGGCGAGACAAGCUGGAAAAGGUUGAGAGAAUAAUUGUCUGAAAGUCGAAGUUGGCAAAAUAAAUUGUGUAGAAAUAGGAAGUUGGAAGUAGAAGGAGGAAGUAGAAGGAGACGGAGGUUGGUUGACGUUCUUCAGAGGAUAAAGACGCUGCUCCAGUCUGAGGACCGGCUGCUCAAAAUUCAGCUGCAGCAUAAAGAUGAUUUAUUGGUGCUUGUGGCGUUUUAAGGAAACUACCAAUGAAAACAGAUGGAGGACGGCCCUGAGCUCUGCAGGCAGCAGGUGGCGCUAGUUUCCAGUUGAAAGGCUGGAAAUGUUCUGUAACCUACAAGAAUGUUGACGGGUGCGGACUGCGUUCAGCUGUAAAUGUUUUCAUGUUUAUGUUGUAAAAAAUCUGUGAAUAAAACCAGUUUCCCACCCA